AUGGACCCCCGAAUACGCGCUUUGUACUCUUUUAUAAGCAACGAAGACGAAAUAAGCGAGUCAGUUAAGCCAGUAAACAAGUGUCUUAACAUAACCUUCAAAUCAUGUUUCGAAAACGACAAAUUCGUUAUUAAAGCAGACAAACAGCUCGAAAUAGAGAGUGUUUUGGAUUAUUUGCACGACGAGCUAAAUACGGGGCACUGGAGCGAAGUCCCCGUCAGUGUAAGAAGGGCAUUUACGGCUGCCAGUUUCGUCAAAACUGUGAUUUUAUUACACAGUUCAAAUACUCCAGAGGUGCUACAGCAAUGUCUGAAAGCGCUAGACAUGGGGUUGCUAUUGGGGGCCCCUUUAGAAAUAAACACCGACCUAUUAACAAACUGUGCCACUUAUCUCUCCAAACACGUAAAUGAAGACACUGAAACAAGAGUGACUACAAAUGAGAAACGAAAACACAAUAGCGAGGGCUUGGAGAAGUUUGAAAGUGUGAAAGGAGUGCCUGUGGACGUGCUAAGUUGCCCCUCUUUAGAAACUUUCAAUAAAUAUUUUACAACGAAAGUACCACUAAAAUUACAAGACUGCGUAUCUCACUGGCCGGCACUCACAACGUGGCCAGACGUGAAUUAUUUACUAAAAGUGGCAGGCGAGCGGACGGUUCCAGUUGAAAUAGGUUCACACUAUGCUGACGAGAACUGGCGACAAAAACUAAUGACUUUGAAGGACUUCAUUAGGAGCCACUUCUUGGGCGAAUCACCGAACAUCGGUUAUCUAGCGCAACAUAACCUCUUUGACCAGAUUCCAGAAUUGAGAAAAGACAUUCAUAUCCCCGACUAUUGUUGCUUGAGUGACGUUGAAGAAGCCGAAGAUCCCGAUAUUAACGCUUGGUUUGGUCCUGGAGGAACAGUAUCUCCGUUACACCAUGACCCCAAAAACAAUAUUCUAGUUCAAGUUUUUGGAACCAAACACUUGAUUUUAUAUUCUCCUAAAGACAGUCCGUAUUUGUACCCCCAUGACAGUCUCCUGCUAUCAAACACAGCCCGUGUGGAUCCGUUCCAACACGAUCCGCAAUUCCCCGACUUUACCAAAGCCAGAGCUUACAAGUCCACCCUUGAGCCCGGUGACAUGUUAUACAUCCCGCCAAAGUGGUGGCACCACGUCACCGCACUAGACAAAAGCUUCUCCGUCAGUUUCUGGUGGAACUAAAUAAUAAAAAACUAAAAUUC